AUGGCGGAACCCACAGGACAACCCCAGACCAAGGUGCCCUCACCACUGCAGACGCAAAACCUCCCUUCAACAUCUCCGCCACUAUCCGCGACGCCGUCGACGGCAUCACCAUCAUCCAUCUCUCACAAACGGUCUCGCUCACCGUUAUCAAUCGACCUGUCCAACAUCCCACCAUUACAACAACCGGCACCUCCAUCCAACACCCUCCUGAUCACCCGCCUAGACGACUCGAAGAUCUUCCACCCAGCCUCACUUGCCACGAUCCGCGCACACAUCAACUCGAUCGCACCGCUGAACUCCUUCUCCCCGCUGAAGUCGAUGCACCGCAUCAUCUGCUCCUUCUACGACAUCGACUCGAGCAUCGCCGUCCGGCAGGCCAUCGACGGCACUGCGUUCCUAGGCAAUAGCGUCGCCAAAUGCUACUUCGGCGAGCCCACGCCCAUCGGCGACGAGAGUCAGACGAAAUACCUCGCCCGGCCCGACGCCGGGCGGUUAUUCUUCAUCAGCCCGCCCCCGUCCCCCCCCGUCGGCUGGGAAAUGAAGACUGAGGACCCGCCGAACAAACAAGUCCAUGCCGACGACCUGGCCACGCAGCUGGCGAAACUAGGCGGCCGGCUGCAGUCCUCCUCGAGCGACCACGACUCCUCGAGCGAAAACGAAGGCGAAGAGUCCUCCACAAAACAAUACUCGGCAGAAGAGCUCGCUCGGCUAAAAGCCCACACGCACGUCCGCGGCGCGCUGGCAGAGCACUCACCGACAACAGGCUCAUCCUCGCCCGGCAAGAAAGGACCCCGUAGCCGCAGCUCCACGCUGAUCUACGACCCCAAAGCACACGGAGACAGUCCCGCGCUACCGGCGGUGAUGCUCGAGACCGAGGACGACUCGGACGUCGAGCUGGAUGCUCACCCGAAAAAGAUCCUCGCGCAUACAGAGAGGCCGCCGCUGGAGCUGAUGGAGCACUGA